AUGAGGCUUCCCAACAACACCUGCCCACAUUGGUAUGCUUUCGUUUCCUCCAUCCUCCUCAGGUACCGCUUGUGUCCUGACCAUCAUUCACUUGCCAUGGUGCAAGACUGCUUAAAUGCCUCCAUUCACUUCCUGAAGACACUGAAAACCUAUGGGGUAGACCCCUCCAGAGUUCUGAUCUGUGGAGAAAACAUUGGAGGGGGGAUUAUGGCUUCUGUCUCCCAGAACUUGGUGGACAGGUGGGAUCUUCCCCAAACCCAAGCUCAGGUCCUCAUCUGUCCAUUUCUCUAGGGGAUCGAUUUGCAGCUGCCAUCCUUUCAGUAGUACUAAAGCGUCCCUCUCCUCAGCCGGAAGUUCAUGAUGACAUGUAUGUGUAAUUUUCUGCUUAUUAAUCUCUCCUGGUGGGAUGCCAUCUUGAGGGAUGAGUUUAUCCCCCCAGAAUUCUGGAGGAAGUUCCAGAAAUGGCUCGCUCCCGACCACAUACCCAAAAGAUUCAAGAAGACCACCUACCGACUGAUGGUUCCCAGCCCUUUUAAUGAGACUGCCUAUCUGGAGACCCAACCUGUUUUUGAUGUAAGAUAUUCACCUUUAAUAGCGGAUGAUGAGACCAUCACUAAGCUUCCUGAGGCCUUCCUGUUGAGCUGUGAGCAUGACAUUCUCCAGGAUGACAUCUUGCCCUACAAGAAACGACUGGAGGACCAGGGGGUCCCUGUGACAUGGUACCACGUGGAGGAUGGCUUUCAUGGAUUAUUUGAUAAGAAGCUUUUCUCUUUCCCAUGCUCCCUGGAAAUUGUGAACGCUCUAGCCAGUUUUAUUAAGGGCAUCCAAUAGUAACCCUGGUGUCCUGAGUUGGGUGUGACAAGUGUGAACUCUAGCAUAAGCUGGGUCCUUUGUGAGUUUGAUUUUAUUGAAUAAGGAGAUGCCGUGCCAGUCAGUGCCUGGCCCUAGUGGAGAGGAUAAGAAGAGAGCUAAGAAAGACCUUGCUUUGUACUCAAGAAAAUCCAAGAUAUUUUUGAUGCUCCUUCCAGCAAUCACGGUGUCUAAUUCUGGACCUAACAACAUUCUAUCACAUUCUCACAUUCUCAACCAGGUUAAAGAGAUGAAACAAAUGCCUUUAAAAAUUUGUCAAACCCCUAACACAUGAAGUCUGUGCAGAAUAAAUGCCCAUAACCGGUCAUACCGUCAAUGGUUAUUUGUACUCACAAUGCUAUAGCUUAGUUUGGAGCCAUGGCCCCUGUUGAGGGAGGGGGCAUAUAAUUGUUCCUAGGGUCAAAGGUUAAGAGCCAAAUGUCAACUUAGUUGGUUCCAGCCUAUAUGAGAAAUGCUGUUGCAAAGAAAUUCUCACCUAAAUACAGCCAUCAUUGGGCUGGACUAAAGGAAGCUUUCAGAUAAGAUCAUAGGAAAGAGGGAAACAGGGGAAGAGGUAGGAGGGAGGGAAUGGGGGAAAAGAGUAGCCUCUGGGUGACUGUGAGCUUUGCCUAAACUCAAGUAUUUAAUCUGAAUUCCAAAAGCUAAUCGCUGGCUACCAAGAGGUAGGUUCUCAGAGCCAGGUCUGUCUUGGGAAUCUCUGGAUACCUUCUGGGCUACUGGAGUUUUAUUCACUAAAGGAGUAAGGUGUGAAACUUCUUUCUUUGGUGAGAUAUAUAUUAUUUCUUCUUUCCUAAAUAAUCUUGCCUUUGCUCAGCCAGUGCUAGUUUCACUGCUCACAGAGAAGGGGAAGGGAAUCUUUGUAUUGCAUGCACAGGGUAAUCCACAUUAGUUUUUGCAUGGAGGUCCCUGUUUGCUAGACACACCUGUAAUAGCAGUGAGACACACUGUUGAUUAGUCCCAGCCAACUGCUG